AUGACCUGCACUUGCGCACGAUUCUUCUGGACGUCGCAGGGCAUCCUCAUCGAAUCGUCUGAGGUUGAGGUCGCUGCCAUGCCAGUUCGUCGCCGCCGCGCUUUGGACCAUUACGGGUGUAGUGCGAUGGGCCUGCAGAUCGCUUGCCAGGAAGCUGGCGAGGCCGUAGCCAGCCUCCUCAGCAAGAUUGCCAGCAUCGCCAACGAGCUCGCAGAUAUUGACAUCAUCGGCAGAGUUGCGGCCGAGGACCGUGGUCCGGUGUGUUCCGCCCGUCUCCGAAUAAUUUGUCCUUUGCCGGUUGUCCUGAUCAUCUUCGGCUGCAUCGUCACUGCGCGCAUGCAUGCCAUUAUCGAUGAGAUAGUGAGCCAGGUGGACCCUUGUUUCCUGGAGUGUGCGAGGAGAUGCCGGCAGGUCAUGGAGAUCGCAUCUCCCAUGAGCAUGGUCAUCGAGAAAUGGCUUCGACAUGUGUUCCGAAGCAGCGGCGGCGCAGGCUGA